AUGAAUUUACGGAACAGGUAUAUUUUCUUCAUCCAGUACAUUGUGACAAGAUUCGUGCCGCAAGCGACAAGUGUUAAAACUUACGAGGUGCGACGUCUAAAUGGAUCGUCUUAUAUAGUGACGAGUUUUCCCGAAUACGAUUAUGGAAACUCUAAAGGGGUCGAUUUGAGUUCCAACGCGAAAGUGAUCUUUAUGGAUGAUGAGAAAAAAGUCAUGAAGGCGGGUCACUCGAACACGGGCUGUGCGAACACCACAGUGACUGUUGGGGGGAAUAUAACGAAAAACAGGUAUAAAAUGUCAGCGAAGGCCAUCAAAGAGGCGAGGGAAAGAUACUUUAAAACCUUUUUCGCUACCAUGAAGAAAACAACAACGACUGCUAACUUUAAUCAUAGUGCACCUUCUGCUUAUUUGAGUUGGAACGAUCCGGACGUGAACGUAAAAGGGGCGUCUGUGCAGAUGAAGGAGAAUCUUCAGAACGCGAGGAAGUUCGCUUCGUUAUUGAUCUUUGAAUUGCAAAAACGCGACAACGACCCUCUAAAGGUUAUGGACUCUACGGUCAAAAGAAAACGGAGUCGGAAA